AUGUUACUUGAACUCCAAAAUACUUCAAAAGUGACCUUCAUCCUCGUGGGCUUCUCAGAAUACCCAGACAUCCAGUUGCCCCUGUUCCUGCUGUUCCUGACCAUAUAUACAGUCACAGUGCUGGGGAACCUGCUCAUGAUUGCCAUUAUCAGACUUAGCCCUAAGCUCCACACUCCCAUGUACUUUUUUCUUAGUCAUCUCUCCUUUGUGGAUUUCUGUUAUUCCACUGUUGUCACACCAAAGCUCUUAGAAAACUUGAUUGUGGAAGACAGAAGUAUCUCCUUCACAGGCUGUGUCAUGCAAUUCUUCUUUGCAUGCAUAUUUGUGGUAACAGAAACAUUCAUGUUGGCAGUGAUGGCCUAUGACAGAUUUGUGGCAGUAUGCAACCCCCUCCUCUACACAGUGGCUAUGUCUCAGAAGUUCUGCUGGUCCCUGGUAGCUGCAUCAUAUUCCUGGGGUAUAAUCUGUUCCUUUGUAUUCAUACGUUUUAUGUUGACCUUGGUCUUCUGUGGGACCAAGUUCAUAAAUAACUUUGUGUGUGAGCACGAUGCCAUUGUUGCUGUAUCCUGCUCUGAUCCCUACAUUAGUCAGAAGGUCAUUUUCAUCUUCGUAACUUUCAAUGAGCUAAGCAGUCUGAUGAUUAUUCUCACGUCUUAUAUUUUCAUUGUCAUCACUGUCAUGAAAAUGCCUGCCACUGGAGGGCGCUACAAAGUCUUCUCCACUUGUGUCCAUCUAACUACCAUCACUAUUUUCCAUAGCAUUAUCAUUUGUCUAUACUGUGUUCCCACCACCAAAAGUUCUUGGCUUCUGGUCAAGGUGGCUUCAGUCUUCUACACCGUCAUCAUCCCCAUGCUGAACCCACUUAUAUACAGUCUCAGGAACAAGGAUGUGAAGGAUGCAGUUAAGAAAUUACUGUGUUCUUCUUUGUCAUCAUAA